AUGCCAUCUGAAAUCAUGGAUCAGAGGCAUCUGUCGUCCGUCUGCAUGGCUUCUGCGCCAUCAACGUUAUUUUCCAAUGGUAUUUGUCUUCUAAGCGAGGUAUGACCUGCCAUCUGCAUUCAGUAUUCUGCCAAUGAUCUUCUCUUAACUUGGGACUAGUGUUCAACAAAAAUUAUUCGUCUACCAGACUUUCCUUGCUUUUCAAUUCAUUUUUGUGGAAGCUAUGUCUUUAUCCAACGAGCAUUUCACCAUUUCUAAUUCGUCUUUGGUUAAAGAACAUUUAACAUUUUACGAUUUCUAAUUCGUCUUCCGUUUUCCUUCUGUUUGUUUAACUUUUCCUUCCUUUUUCUUCCCUAUACAGAGACAAGCAGAAUGUUGGAAGUCUGAUUCUUUGCCGCAUUAUCAUGGUUCGUGUUUAUUUACCGCAACUUGAAUGUAAUGUUUAGUGACUGUUAAUCAAAGGCGCCAUUAAUGCAAUUCUGUGUUGUAUAGUUCUCCUUUGACCUUCUGCAAACUCGUUGCCUGGUUGAAACAGUUUUAGGAAUGGAUUAGAAUUUUUAUCAAGAUCGCCUGGAAACUGAGCGCGUCUGUACAUGAACCGGGAGACUUUGAAUGAAUUUACUCUUACAUCGAACUUCCUAGCAUGUUCAUUCAUUGUCAGUGCUCAUCACCAUGUAGUUCAACAUUUCUUUGUAUGGUCAUUUUCUAUCUGCAUUUCCAUCCCCAUGGCAGAUUGUGUGCUUUGAGAGCAGAUUUAAAAAUCUAGUUCUGUGCUCUCGAAUUUGUAUGCCAUGUAAGGUACCCUUUUGUCUUUAACCGUGCACAGCCCCAGUGGAAAGUUCUCCAUUAAUUGGUAGGAUUCUCUGCAUAGUGAACAAAGCCCACAACUAUACACCGUGAUUAUUUAUGUAGCAGCGAUUCCCCUGAAGUAGCUCCUGUAUGGAUUAUUUCAACCUUCGGGAUUAAACUAAUGGAUUUCAGGAGAGUUUUUUUUUUGACGGAAAUCUAUCUGAGAAUAGGCUUUGGAAUUUAUAAACCAUUUCUUUGAUAUACUAUUAUUAGAGUCUUCCUAAUCUUUUUAUCAUGCCUGACCUUCUCCCACCACAUGUGAAAUCAUUACAUUGAAUGUUCAUUGUCGUCAUUUUUAUGCUUGUCUGGUCGAUCCUCUGCAGAUGCUGAGGGAAUGCCAUCAGUUCCUGGAAGUAGACCCGCUGGAGAAAUAGGGUUAAACUCAGUGGAACCCUUCAAAUAUUUUAAUCUUUUUAAAGAUCAGAGAAGCAAAUUUGGAAUUGACAAAGACUGCAUGGAUGCGGAAAGAACUAUUAGGCAGUCUACGGCUCCUUGGAAGGCCACAGGACAGGAUUCGGGGCUUCAGUCAAAUUCACUAGGGUGUCCAGGAUCUCCAUUCGUUGACAUGAGCAAGAGUGGCUUUCAAUUCAAAAAUGAUAUGCUAUCUAGCUCGUUGUCAGAAGCGUUCAGCAGAGAAUGUAAGCUCUACUCACCAUGCAAAAGUUAAUGUUCUUUCCUGGGGGAUUCGAGGGGCUAUAAUAUUUUUUAUUUGUCUACUAUUAAAAAAAAAAUGUUCGUUGAUCUUACCUUCAUUAUUUUUUGGCAAGUGUAACCCUGAUUUAAGCUCAUCUGAAAUGAUCUUACCAUUCUGAUUUUGCAGUGAGUUUAUCAUCUAUGGAUCCUUCAUGUGGUCAUUCAACCAAUAUUAACCCCAACCUGGAAGAAGAUGAAUCUUUUGAAUCCUUGGAAGAAAUUGAGGCCCGAAUAAUUGGAAACCUUCUUCCCGAUGAUGAUGAUUUGAUUUCUGGAGUAACUGAUGGCAUUGAAUAUGUUCCUAGGCAUAACUUUGAUGAUGUGGAAGAUGACCUAUUUUGUAGUAUAGGAGGAAUGGAACUUGAAGCUGAUGAUGGUUUACGUGGUAACAAAAUUUUAGAUCCUGCUGUUGGGGUCCGCAAUUUUCAACAGGAAGUGCUUAGUGGUACGUUUUCUGGAGAACGCCUGCAUGUUGACCGUCCCUCUAGGUCACUCAUUGUGAGAAACAUAAGUGGAAAUGUUGAAGAUUCCGAGCUAAGGGUUGUCUUUGAGGUGCUCAUAUCCACCAUGCUUCACUUUUCCUGUGUUUUAUCGUUGCCCCUAUUCGGGUUCUGAUUCCAUGAGCCCUUCUAUGUUGAUUGUACUCUCUUAUUUUUGCAGCAAUAUGGGAGCAUUCACACUCUGUAUACAGCCUGCAAACAUCGUGGUUUUGUUAUGAUCUCAUACUAUGACUUGCGGUCUGCUCGCAAUGCAAUGAAAGCACUUCAAAACAAGCCACUGAAGAACAGAAAACUCGAUGUACAGUUUUCGAUUCCCAAGGUAUAUGCUCCCAACUGAUUAAUGCAUAAACUAUGCAUGCAUUUUUAUUUUUUCCGUCCAAAGGAUGUUUAUGCAUGAGUUAGACAGCUGCGUUUCUGCACUCUUUUGCUAUUGGAGUCCCCAUUUCUAGCUCAUUUAUUUGUUUUUAUUUGAUAAAUCUCUAUUUUCUUUUUCUGUCUGAACUAAAAUGUGUUUCUUUGCGAAUUUUUAUGCUGAACACAUCUGUGUGAUACAUGGGACAUUUUACUUUUACCUUCCCAGGGGUAAAACAACGACCAAAAUUCGGAAAACCUAAGAUAGCAGUUAAAAAGCUAAGAGAAGCAUGAAAAGCUUAUUCUCUCUAGAAGACUUUAUGUGGUUGAAGAAUGUCUUAUUCAUUUGCUGAAGGGAGCAAUAGACUGACUCUGCAAAAGUUGUGAUGUAAAAGUGCAGUAAGCACACUUCAACCGUAUAGGAUAAAAUGUUAAUUUUUCAACUUCGAAACCUUGAAAACAUGCGAAAGUACUGUGCUUUUUGAUAAUUCCUAAAGAUAUCAAUGAAGCUUUGCAUAGCAUCUGAGAAGGGUUCUGUCUUCAAUCGUACUGUUUUUUCUGUUCCAUUAGAUGGGUAGAAUUAUCAGCUGAUACUCGACUAGAUUGACCAUCAUCCAGAACUGUGCAGCCGAUUUCUGGGACAUCUUACUCGCACUGAAUUUUGAUUUCUUUUGUUGUCCAUGUGUUGAACAUAUCUGCCACUCUUUUGUAUUUUGAUUCUCUUUUCUGGGCCAUAUAUCAGCAGGACAAUCAGUUUGAGAGUGAUAUUAACCAGGGUACACUUGAGAUUUUGAACCUUGACUUUUCUGUUUCCAAUGAUGAUCUCCUUCAGAUAUUUGGCAUAUAUGGCGACAUUAAAGAGGUAUGACAUGUUUUGGACCUCAGAACAUCAGCUGUUUUUGUACUUCUGAGUAUUAAAGUUUCAGCUAUCCUGCUGAUACACAGAUUCGUGAAACUCCACAUAAACGCCAUCACAAGUUCAUCGAGUUCUAUGAUGUCCGAGCUGCAGAAGCUGCUCUUCAUAGUUUGAACGGAAGUGGCAUUCCAGGAAAGAAAAUCAAGCUUAUUCCCAGCAGACCUGGGGUUCCAAGAUGGAGGUAUUCACACUGCACACUCUUUUUACAUACGAUUUCAUAGAAAUUUUAAAUUGCCGUACCAAAAUUCUUCCUGGGCCCUGGCCGACCUUCGCCGAUGGUAUAAAUGCAAUUUAUAUAAUCAUCAUAAAUAAAUAUUAUAUUUUCAAUCAUGGGUCAGUGAGAUCAAACAAAGAUCCAAGGUACUCAAGUUAUCAUCUCAUCUAACUCAAAACUCAGUUACCAAUUUUAGCAACUACGGAUCUAUUCAUAGAAAUGAUAGCUUGUUGAAGUUGCUUAGCUAUUCAACUCAGACCCAAGUAAUGGCUGGGGAAUGCCAUUACUUGGACAGAAUCCACGUACCAUUGAUGACUGUUGCUACCUGUUUGAUAAUAUUUUCUAGCAGUUAUUUUGGAUGCGGAGGGAAACGAAUUUUCUCAUUGACAUUCCUCCUGAAACCAGUGCGACGCAGCAGCCUUCUCCGGACCUGGAGCAGAGAGAACCUGCUGGAUGUUGUCAGCUCGAGAGUCCAUGUCACUACCCACCUUCAGGUGAUCAUGGUUUGUCACUCAUGCCCAUACUAAGAUUCUCCUUGUUCCAACCAUAUAUUAUACACUCUUGAAUGCACCUGUCGUGAUAUAGUUUAAAUGUUCAUCAGGAACCACCAAUCAUGGAGUGAUCACCUCCUACGGCCUUGAUGCUGGAUCUUUUCAUGCCAGACAUUCUAGCCUUCACACACAACACCGAUUUCUGGAUAACAAUUUCGGCGUUACAGCCUCUCCGAUUAGGGUUUCGCCUGCGAGCAUCAAAAGCAAUCCAGCUGAGCUCGAGCUCAGUCACUCUCUGGGAGAUCGGAACACUGGGUUUCCAAGUCCCUACUCUCGUUCCCUUCCCGAGUACCAUGAUUGUGUGACCAGUGGACUUCCCUUCAACUCCCUUAGCGCCAUGUCCUCCAUGUCCAUGAACAUCAACGCUCGACCAGUCAACGCCUUUGACAACAUCCACAUCCAGAAUGCGGGCUCAGAGGGGGCCAACUCCCAUCCCUUUGAGUAUAAUCACGGUAAGCCUAUAAUGUGGGUUCGGACAUUGAUUUCAUUAUUCAAGAACACAUACAAUUAUCUUCUCUUUGAUUGCAGCAUUUGGGACCUCGGCGAAUGGCAAUGGCUGUCUUCAUGGGCAUCGUAAUGCUUGGAGCAAUGCGAGCCCAUAUCAUCAUCAUCAGCAGCAGCAGCAGCUGCAGCAAUCCCAAGGGCCGAUGAUAUGGCCAAAUUCUCCAUCGCUUGUCAACAUUCCGGCCUCUCCGUCGCAAUCUCGCGGGCUUCCGAGGUCGCCGUCACCUAUGGUGAACACAUUUCUUCCACUCCGCCAUCAUCAUGUGGGCUCGGCCCCUUCUGCAAAUCCCUCCCUCUGGGACAGGCGGACGUAUGUGAGGGACGGCGCCGCCAGCGGCCCAUGUUUUCACCCGGGCUCGGUGGGGAGCUUGGGAAUCUCCGGCAUCUCCGGCCUGCACCCUCUGGAGCUUUCUUCUCGAAGCUUCCUUCCACACAUUGGAGGGACCAUCCUGGACCCCUCGCGGUAUUCUCCUCAGCAACGGUGCCAGACGUUCCAUGGGAGGAACCCAAUGAUCCCGGUGCCCACUCAAUUUGAUUCUCCCAGUGAUCGAGCCAGGAGCCGGAGAAGUGAUGCGAGCUCAAACCAGGCAGACAGCAGGAAGCAGUAUGAGCUCGACAUUGAGCGAAUUAUUCGCAGGGAAGACUCAAGAACAACGUUGAUGAUAAAGAACAUCCCCAACAAGUAUGCACCUCAAAACUCCCCUCCCUCCCUCCAACAACAACAAAAAAGAAAAAGUUAAAAAAAGAAAAACGAAUCACAGCUGACUUUCUUCUCUUCAUGGGAUCCAAUAGGUACACAUCCAAAAUGCUCUUGGCGGCGAUCGAUGAGAAUCACCAUGGAACUUACGACUUCAUCUAUUUGCCUAUUGAUUUCAAGGUAAGAUUCUGCCUGAUUUCUUGCUUCGGACAACAUGUCCGGCCCUCUGCCAGUAGUUUCUUAUCCAUCGUCUGUCUUCCACCCCCUCCAGAACAAGUGUAACGUGGGGUACGCCUUCAUCAACAUGAUAGAUCCUCGGAAGAUCAUCCCUUUCUUUCAGGUUCUUAUUCUUCUCCCUCAUACCCUCUAUAGAUAGAUGGCAAAGUUUUGAUUUCAUUUCAUUUCAUUUCAUUCAGACUUUUAAUGGGAAGAAGUGGGAGAAGUUCAACAGCGAGAAGGUGGCAUCGCUCGCCUACGCCCGGAUCCAAGGGAAAGCCGCCCUCAUCGCCCAUUUCCAGAAUUCAAGCUUGAUGAAUGAGGAUAAACGGUGCCGUCCGAUCCUGUUUCAGACAGACGGCCCAAAUGCUGGCGAUCAGGUAACACAACGCAUGCAAUCAUCUUUCAGCAUCUUACCAUCACUUGCAGCAGCGCUGUUUCUCCAAGUGUUGUUGGAUGGCGAUCACUAUGUUCUUUUAGGGGUUGACCUUUUUCCAAUCCAUGAACUCUGAUUCUCGUUUACCUGGUUCUCGAGUGGUUUUAGAUGCCAUAUUUGAUCACAUAUAAUCGCAUGAACUUAGUCAUCUUAUCCAAUAUGGGUCCGUACUAACCGAGAUGCUCCAACGUUGACCAUGAAUUAUUCGCAGAAAAAUCUAAACCUCCUGCUUCUGUCAUUCCGGCAUCUAAUCAUGGGUUUACUUCUUUUCUUUUUGUCCAUUUAUGGAAACUUAGGAACCCUUCCCCAUGGGAAUCAACAUCCGAUCCAGGAACGGGAAGCCCAGGGCGGCAGGCAACGAGCAAAACCAGAUGGGUAGUAGCGGCGGCCUCCCCUCCGUAAACGGAGAGGAAUCGCCCAACGGGACAGACUCUUCACCAGGUUCGGUAAAGGCCUUGGACUGA